AUGUCUCGAGCAUAUUCAGCUAUCAUUCGUUAUCAUGAUAGACAGUAUAAGAUCGUAAAAAGUGGCAUAUGUGUUGCAAAUCACACUUCGCCUUUAGAUAUACUGAUACUUAGCUGCGACAAUACGUAUGCAAUGGUUGGUCAAAUGCAUUGUGGUGUAUUAGGACUUAUUCAAAAAGUCUUAAGCAAAGCAGCUCAACAUGUAUGGUUUGAUCGUCUUGAUGCUAGCGAUCGAAAACAAGUUUUGAAAAGGCUUCAAGAACAUGUCGAUAAUUCCGAUUCAUUGCCUAUUAUAAUUUUUCCUGAAGGAACAUGUAUUAAUAAUACAUCUGUAAUGAUGUUUAAAAAAGGAUCAUUUGAAGUAGGCAGUACGAUUUAUCCAAUAGCAAUUAAAUAUGAUUCAAGACUUUGUGAUGUUUUUUGGAAUAGCAGUGAGCAGUCAUAUGGCGAAUAUCUGUUCUGUUUAAUGACUUCUUGGGCAAUAAUGUGUGAUGUAUGGUAUUUACCACCAAUGUCGCGCGAAGAAGGCGAAGAUUCGAUUGAUUUUGCUCGGCGUGUUAAACAUGCAAUUGCUAAAAAAGGUGGUUUGCUAGAACUGGAAUGGGAUGGUAUGUUAAAGCGCAUGAAGGUCCCUGCGAAAAUAGUGGUUGCUCAACAAAAAUGUUAUUGGGAUCGUUUGUCCAGAAAACCAGUAAUUUGUAAUAAAGGUGAAAAUAACGAAAAAUAUUCUUAUAAGAAGCAAAGAGAAGCUUUAAAUUCAUCAGAAGACAUUGCAGAAAGUUAUGAAGAAAAAAAAGCAUCUGAAUGA